UGGCUUUGCUCUUCGCCGUGCCCUUUCUGGGCUGACGCGGUGUUAUUCAGAAACAGCUUCACAGAGUCCGGGCCAAAACGGUUUGGAUGGUCGCAGAUUUAAGGAUGCGGCCGAACACAGGGAUGUCUGUGGGCAUCCUGGCUCUCUGCUUGCUGAUUUCUGUUCACUCCGGCGUGAACACGUAUCCAUCCAAACCCGCCAGCCCGGGGGAGGACGCCCCACCUGAGGAGCUCGCCAAAUAUUACUCAGCGCUCCGGCACUACAUCAACCUCAUCACCAGGCAGAGGUACGGCAAACGAUCCAGUCCAGAUACACUGUUCUCAGACCUGCUGCUGAGGGAGAGCACAGAGAGUAUCCCAGCAUCCUAUGUCAGGUAUGAUGGGCUGCCGGUAUGGUGA